UUUCUUGCUGAGACAUUUCCCAAGAAUCACACAAUGAACAGGGAGUUUCCGCAGAAUAAAAGCUGCUCCUCCGACUCUUCGUCAUUCAGCUGAACUCUGGUUCCUGCUCUGAUUUCUCUUCUUUGGACCUUAUUAAUAAAAGGCGGCAGCCACAAGAUGGCGCAGUGGCAGGAGCUGCUGAAGUUGGACUCUGCGCUGCAGAACCAGGUGAGGCAGCUGUAUGAGGGAAGGUUCCCCACUGAGAUCCGACACUGGCUGUCCAACUGGAUCGAGAGCCAGGACUGGGGUUCUGCAGCUGUGGAUGAGAAUGCAGCUAGAACAUGUUUCCAAGCUCUCCUGGAGCAUCUGCAGUACCAGUGGACCCACUCCAUCCAGGAGAACAACAUCCUGCAGGGGCCAAACUUUUCAGGGAUGAAGGACUAUGUGAUGGAGAACUUCCAGGCUCAGCCAAUGAACUUGGCUGCACUUCUUUCUGAAUGUCUGAAGGAGGAGAAGAAAAUCCUCGCCUCAGUCACUGCGACUCUGCCGUGCAGCUCUCCUGUCAUGAGCCCACAGUGGAUAGAACUGGACAACAAAGUGACUCAGAUGAAGCUGCCGAUUUCGGAACUGAAGAAGGACGUCAAAACGCUGGAGGGUCUGAAUGAAAAACUCCACUUCAUCCAGAAGAUGUGGCAAAGCAAAGUGGAACAGGAUGUUGGACUGGCCCAGUCUCAAACUCUGGUAGAACAGGAAUGUCUGAAGAGGGAGACGUUCAUCACACAAACGAAGCAUAUUGUGCUGCAGCAGUUGGUGACCACUUUAAACCAGUCGGCCCAAAUUGUGACGACUCUCACCAGCGUGGAGCUUCCUGAGUGGAAGCGCAGGCAACAGCUGGCCUGCAUCGGAAGUCUGGAGGACACCAGCCUGGAGCUCCUCCAGAAGUGGUUUACAACUGUUACAGGGGUUCUUCUAGGAGUCCAUGAACAGCUGCAGAAGCUGCAGGAGCAGAACAAGAAGUACACCAGCUCAGACUCUGCCAGCCUCUCGGAUUCAAUAGCAGAAAUUGAUAAAUUUACUCUGAGUUUGAUCAGAAAACUUCUCACAAAUGCUCUGGUGGUGGAGAAACAGCCCGUCAUGCAGAACUUACCUCAUCGACCUCUGAUUCUGAAGACCGGGGUCCGAUUCAAGAUGACAGUGAGGUUCUUAGCAAACCUUCCUGUUUUUAAGGAUUUGCUAAAAGUCAAGCCUGUAUUUGACAAGGAUGUCGAAGAAGUGAAGACAGUCAAUGGAUUUCGUUUGUUUGACUUCAACCUUGACAACAGUAAGGUUCUGGAUGUGGACAUGCCCAAUGGAGCGAUGAUGGCUGCGUUUGAGCACAUGUCACUCAAGGAAAAAAAAGCCAGAACCAAAGGGUCCUGUGAGAGUCAUCUGGUGGUCACGGAGGAGCUCCACAUCAUACGCUUUGUGGCGGUUUUGCAUCAUGCUGGCGAGACAUUUGACAUAGAGGCAAGCUCUCUGCCUGUGGUUGUCAUCUCCAGUUCCAACCAGGUCCCCAGUGCCUGGGCCUCCAUCAUGUGGUUCAACAUGCUCUCCACCAGCGAACCGAUGAACCUGUCCCUGUUUGUCGAUCCUCCUCCGCUCUCCUGGCAGCAGCUGGCGCCGCUUCUGAGCUGGCAGUUUCUGUCCAUGGGCCAGCGGCCACUUGAUCAGGACCAGCUCUCAAUGCUUCGAGACAAAAUCAUGGAUGAUCCUGAAGGUCUGGUGCACUGGAACAAGUUCUCUAAGGAUGAUAGUGUCUGGAUUUGGAUCGAUGGGAUCCUGGAUCUGAUCAAGAAACAUCUGAGUGAUCUUUGGCAGCAUGGCUACAUCAUGGGGUUUGUGAGCAAGCAGAGAACAAGCUCCUUGUUGCAGAAUAAACCAACCGGGACGUUUCUGAUCCGAUUUAGCGAGAGCAUCCGAGAUGGAGCCAUCACCUUCAGCUGGGUUGAUCAUUCCACUGGAGAGAAACAUGUCCACGCUGUAGAGCCCUACACCAAGAAAGAGCUGUCUGUGCUGUCUCUGCCUGACGCCAUCAACCACUACACCCUGAGCACCCAGCGAAGGAGCUCCAACCCCCUGGUCUAUCUGUACCCCGACAUCCCCAAAGACUCGGCGUUUGGACGCUACUACACAGUCCCAGGACCUUCUUCAACCAACAAGAACAUAAAAGGUUAUGUCCAGAGGAGCCUUGUUGUGUUUUCCAACAACCCGACGCCGCCUCCGUCUCCACCCAGAGAUGUGCCGCCGAUGGACAUCGAGACUAUGGACCUAAAUACUGACUUCUUCCAAAGGUUGGAGGAAAUUUUGUCGGAUCUACUCGAGUUGCCUGAAUUGUCAAAUCUCCAGCCGUUUCCUCAGGAAAGCUUAAAUUAUCCGGUUUCCCCUCUGCAAAAUGAGAUGGAUCAUUGAAUCAUUUAUCGGAAUAACUGGAUGCAGAUCAGGUCAAUUAUUUGUGUGUAUUUAUUAAAAAAACAAUGCAUGUUUUAUCUUUGGAGGAAAAUCCUUUCUGAUGAUUAUUGUAUGAUCUUCCAUGUUUAGAUGUAAAAAAGUGCUUCAUACUGAGCUAUAUGCCAGCUUUCUGCUUCCACCGUUGUGCAUUUUAUUGAAAAAUAAAAUCUGUAAAUAUAA